UGGCGCGGUCCGGGCUCGGGCGGCCCGGGGUGCGUACACAGUAGGUCUCCCGCGGCCGCGGCUGGAGGCCUCGUUUUGGUCUCCAGGCACCCAGCCGACGCCGGCCCGGAGCCGCGGACCAGCGCAGGAUGUGCUGCGAGAAAUGGAGCCACGUGGCCGAAAUGUUUCUCUUCAUUGAAGACCAAGAGGAGGACCGUAAGAUCCUGUGCCUCUGCUCCCGGGCGUUUGUGCAGGAUCGAAAAUUGUACAAUUUAGGAUUAAGAGGCUACUAUGUCAAAGGCAGUAGCAAUAAUGCAGGAGACCAAGCUAUAGAAGAAAAGGAAGAUGGCCACUCCCGUGGUAUUUCAAAGUCACAAGACAACAAAGAUAUGUGCCCUGAUGAAAGUGAACUUGAUUCUGAGGCUGAACUCAUGAGAAGUAUGGGAUUGCCAAUUCAGUUUGGUAGAAUAUCUGCACAUAAGAAUUUUGAGGUGUCUAUGAAUGCUAGAAAUAGAGUUAAAGUAAAGCAGAAAAAGAGAAAACCCCAAAAGAAGUACUUAGAUGAAAUUGUGCAGGAAUAUUGGAGAAACGAACAUGAAGAAGAUGACCUUUUGGUUCCAGGUGAUCCACCUUCACUUGAACAAUGUGAGACCAUCAGAGCCUGUGAACUUCAAGACAAAAAAGAUACUGAAACAGAAAACCUCCCCAUUGAAAACAUAUUAUCUCCAAAGCUACAAGUUACAGAGAACUGGGAAAAGUAUUGGAAUGAAUAUGGAGAAGGACUGUUAUGGCAAAGCUGGCAAGAAAAACAUCCAGAUCAAACACUAUGUCCCGAGCCUUGGAACUUUCCUGAUACAAAAGAAGAAUGGGAGCAACAUUACAGUCAACUUUAUUGGCAUUAUUUAGAACAGUUUCAGUAUUGGGAAGCUCAGGGUUGGACUUUUGAUGCCUCACAAAGCUGUGAUGCAGACACAUGUGCUUCUCAAGCAGAGGUUGAUAUGAAAGAGGAAAAUACUAUGCAAGCAGAUUUGCUGACUUUCUCAUCCUCACCUGACACAGCUGAUAAAGAAAACUCUGGCUCAAAUGAUAAGGAUCAUAAUGAAAUACUUGAUGGGAUUAGUAAAAUAAUUCUGAGCUCAAAGAAAAUUGAACAGAGUCAAUUAAAUUCCUCUGUAAGGUGUGAUGAGCAGCUGUGUGAAGUUAGCAGCAGGAGAGAGUGCCCUGCCUCUGGCCAAAGUGACCCAUGUAAUGGAAACUCCAAGGAAAGUAACUUAUCUGGAAAUAGAAGCACAUCCCAGCCUGCUCAAGAGUCACGAGAGUCACCUACAGCAAGUGCAAGAAAAGACAGAUUACGCACCAUUGGCAGUGACGGAGAUGAGAGUGAUGAUGGACCACCUGAGCACAAGCUCAGCAAACUGAAGAGGAGCCAUGAACUGGACGCUGAUGAAAACCCAGAAUCAGACCAUGAUGACAGUGGCUUCCUAGGAUUCAAGCAUGGUUCAGGACAAAAAUAUGGUGGAAUUACCAGUUUUAGUCAUCGAAACGUCAGGUAUCUAGAGAAGAACCUGAAAUCUAAGUCACGGUGUCUGGACAUGCGCAAGCAGAUGAAGAUGAAAAACAGCCACAUCUUCUUUACUGAAGACUCUCAAAAACCACUUCUCAAGAAAAGCAAAGCCCUGAGUAGGGUAGAAAAAUUCCUAAAAUGGGUUAAUGAACCAGCAGAUGAGGAAGCAUCACAGGAGUUGUUUUCUCACGAUAAAAUGCAAGACACUUGCACAAGCAGUGAGUCUGAGGAACAAGACAUGUCUGCUCCAAAAGCUGACCACCUAAUGGAGGUGAGAAAUCCCACACCUGAGCAGUGUCACCCCUCUUCAGCCAGUGAAUUUGAAACGGAAAAGAGUGAAGGCAGCAGCUUGCUGCCAGCUGCUCCAGAGAUGCGGGACCAUGUAGCUGAAGAAAUAGCAGACGCUCCUCAGAUAGAAAGUAAAGCCAAAAUAAAGACAAAGAAGAAGAAAAACAAGAACAAAAAGAUAAAUGGUCUGCCUCCUGAAAUAGCCUGUGAUCCAGAGCUGGCAAAAUACUGGGCCCAGAGAUACAGGCUCUUCUCCCGUUUUGAUGAUGGGAUCAAGUUGGACCGAGAAGGCUGGUUUUCAGUUACUCCUGAGAAGAUUGCUGAGCACAUUGCGGGUCGUGUCGCUCAGGCCUUCACGUGUGACAUUGUCGUAGAUGCAUUCUGUGGAGUUGGAGGAAACACUAUUCAGUUUGCCUUAACAGGCAAAAGAGUGAUUGCCAUUGAUAUUGACCCUGAUAAAAUUGAUCUCGCUCGUAAUAAUGCUGAGGUUUAUGGGAUAGCAGAUAAUAUAGAGUUCAUCUGUGGAGAUUUCCUACUGCUGGCUCCCUGUUUAAAGGCUGAUGUUGUGUUCUUAAGCCCACCUUGGGGAGGACCGGAUUAUGCCACUUCAGAGACCUUUGACAUUAGGACAAUGAUGUCUCCUGAUGGAUUUGAAAUUUUCAGACUUUCCCAGAAGAUCACUAAUAAUAUUGUUUAUUUUCUUCCAAGAAAUGCUGAUAUUGACCAGGUGGCAUCCUUAGCUGGGCCUGGAGGGCAGGUGGAAAUUGAACAGAAUUUUCUUAACAAUAAAUUAAAAACAAUCACUGCUUAUUUUGGUGACCUGAUCCGAAGACCAGCCUCUGAAAUCUCUGAGUGAGGCAUGUAGAGUGAACCAUCAUUCAAAUGAUAGACAUUGUGAAUGCCUUCCUCUAAUCAUUGUUGUCUUGUUCACAUGGUUUUAUAUCACCGUGAGUUAUGGAAACAUGUGAAUUUUAAUGAAUAUUAAUGCAGUGUUUCAAGAGCUUCAGGUAAAAUUAACUAAACAGCGUAUUAUAUGCUGAAGACAGUAAACAUCAGCAUGGAGGUGCUUACCUAUAAUUCUAGCACUUAGAAGGAAGAGUACAGGAUGAUCAAGAGUUCAAGGUCAUCUUCUGCUACUUACCAAAUUCAGGCCUGAGCUACAUGAGGCUCUGCCUCAAAAAAACAAUAAACAAAAAAAAAAUGAAGUAAGAAGAUAUGCAUAUUUCUGUGCUUUAAAAUCUGUACUUUAUCUAUGUAUGUAUAUUUUUUUAUUUUGUAACUUUGUUUUUGUUUAACAUCACGUAUGUUUGUAUGUGUACACUGUUUUUAAUGGAGACAGACAAAACGUUUCUGUUCACUCCUACUGAAAUAAUGCUAAGACAGUAGACAGUAUAGAAUUGUACAAAUAAAAGUAAAAGCUCUCCAUCCCUUGCCUGCCCAUUAUCCAUCUACCUAAAGAUAAUCACGGCUAACAGUAUUCAUAAUUCUUUGACCAGAAUUACAGUCAGGUGUGAUGGCUCACACCUAUAACCCCAGCACUCAGAAGGCUGAGCUAAAAGUAUCAUCAUGAGUUUGAGGCCAGCCUGGAGCUAGAGUUUUAGGUCAGCCUUGCCUAGAAUGAGAUCCUGCCUCAAAAAUAAUUAACUAAUUCAUGAAUUUCAAAAAUGGAAAGUAACCUGAAAUACUUACUUUCCUUUUUUGAAUACUUAAUAUAUCUUUUUCAAGAUAGAAAAGAUAGCCUUUUUUUUUUUUUUUUUUUU